ACGGACGCCGCGUGGAUCUCCGGACGCCAGAGACACGCGACCCCCGCGCGGAGCCAAACCGUCCCCGGUAUCGUGUUCACCACCUGCAGGAGCGAUUUGACGCGGCGUGGGGUGGGGGAGGAAACAUGGACGUCCUGAGCGUGGCAGACUGGGGUCAGGACGCCAGGGAGGGGAGUUUGGAGAGCGACCCACGCGACUGGCUCGCGACCUGCGAGAAGCGCCACACUUCGGCUGACUGCUUGGGACGGUCGCCCCGCUCCAUCGCCGGCUCAUAUCGCGAGGGCGGCUCGCCGGACUCCGGGGGUCACCUUAGCCCCCCCAGCUCCAAGAACGCAGCCGAGGGUUCGCUGAGAGUCCGGGAUCUGUGCCGCCUGAAGGGCCUGGCGCUCCCCGGGGCCGAGCAAGACUCCGACGCCCGGCAGAGGGCCCCGUCCGGCAAGGCCGCCACCGGCGUGCAGCGGCAGAGGCGCGUCGCCGCCAACGCCCGGGAGCGACGACGCAUGCACGGCCUGAAUCACGCCUUCGACGCGCUCCGCAACGUCAUCCCGGCGCUGGACAACGACAAGAAGCUGUCCAAGUACGAGACAUUGCAGAUGGCGCAGAUUUACAUCAACGCCCUGGCGGAGCUCCUGCGGGACCCGGCGGCGUCUUCGUCGGCUGACGGUGACGCCCCGCGGUCGUCCGGCAACCCCUCCGAGGGUCAGCUGGCCGCGCACAUCGACGCCAUGUCGCUGCACGCCGCCUUCGACGACGUGUCGUUCGCCGCCUUGCAGGUGGACGAAACCGGGGGAUGUCCCCCAGCUGCGGUCGCCCCCGGGGCGGGGGCGGACUCGCCCCGCAGCGACGGCGAGUUUUCCCCGCACUCCCACUUCAGUGACUCGGAUGAGAUGGUGGUGGAGGACGACGAGCUCCACGCGGUUUCUUUCUAAAAAUCAUUAAUAUAUAUUUGAAUUAACACAACAUGAGCCCAUGCAGCAGUGUCAACCAAAUUGUUCUGAAACUCUUUUUUUAAACACUUCUUUGUGACAUAUUAAUUUGGUUAAUGCCAAUUUGGACGUUGCCAGGUCUCUUCGCCAUUUUAUCCCCCACUUCAAGCGCCCCCCCCCCCCAAAAAAAAACAUUCUUGUCUUUUACUAAAUUGUAUUUUAUGAUUCUGUCUGUAUCACGUUUUGUUUGCAACUUCAAAAGUUCACCACGUGCACUUUACAAAUAAUGAAAAUGUAUAGCCUGCACGAGCCACGAGCUUGACAAAUGUUUUUUUUUUUUAAUUCCAUACAACAAAAAGAAUAUUUUUUCUUGCUUGUAGCAUAGUACUGCCAAUUCUGCCUAUAGAUCUUAUUUAAUGUAACCAUCAUUGCUGCCUUAUUGGUUUUUGUUUUUGUACUUUGCUUUUUUUUGUAUGUCUUUUGCGUU